AUGGAGAGAGAGACUUUGAACAAAGUAGUCAUUCGCCCUCGAUUGCCGCUCUGGGACCCUUGUGAUAAUGAUUAUGCAAAUGUCUUCAGUAAGGCUGUGCUAUAUUUAGGUGGAGAUCAAGACGGACUCGAGGCUAACCAGGAACGAUCCACGGGUGUUUAUGGAGCCCUAGCAACGGGAAGGACUUGCAAAGCGAAAUCGGUUUGGAAAUCCUUCCGGCUCGCCGAUUUACGCAUGGGACGAGAGAAUUGUACAGAACUGUCGUACCGAGAAGUGGAUCGCUGGGUAUCAGGCGAUUCUCAUGGGCUGGCUGAAAGAACCUGGUACGAAGCAUUCUGUAUCUUCAAGACAACUGAUAUACAGCACUCGGAGAGCACCCUGCAUCUCGCCCAUAAUUGUCCUUGGGUAAAAAUGGCCCGAACGGAUCAAUUGCAGAUAAUAACGGGCCUGAAUGAUGAUUUCACCACUCUUGCAACCUCGAGGAUCACGGACUUCAAGUACAAGUAG